AUGUCUCGAUUAUCUCUGUCUUCUGCUAGCAUAUCCCUCAACAGAUUGAUAUCUGCCGAUGAUGUCAUCGCAAGAAACUCGAAUUCCUUCAAGAUUUACACCAGGGAUGAGACUACUACUCUUGAUACAAAGUCUGAGUAUAGAAAACUGACUCUUAACAGAUUGGUUCACAACCAUCAGAUGGAUGACGAUAAGGAGAAUCAUCUUUCGAAACGCAACCCCAAAUUUGUUCCUGUUUCUGUGAAUCUGAUGAACAAAGAUUCCAGAAACAACCAGACUAAGCAAUCACAAGACUCUGCAUUUGUUAAGCAAAUGUCUCGCACCGAAUCCAAUGUGAGAAGUUCCACCAACACUACUGGUAGUACGGCAACCUCAAGAUCUGCGCAACCCUCAUCGUCAUCUAAAUCCAAACGACUCUCGCUUAUGUCGCUUUCAUCUACCCUUUCCGCUACAUCUGCCGGUUCCAGACUGAAGUCUAUGGCCCAGAAGCUUCGCAACAGCUCCAUCUCCCACCAGUCUUCUGAUUCUAGUUCUCAUCGAUCUCAUAAAUCUCAUCAUCACCAGCCAUUGCAGCCAUCAAAGACAACAGAUGCCCUAGCUGAUGAUCAUGUUUCUACUUCUCAUGAUGCUUCAACAGAGGAUAUUCCUCCUUUGCAUAAGAAGACAUCUCGAUUUCGCUUGAGACAUUCCAUAUCUUUACGUACACUUACAUCUUUUGGACGUGACAACAACGAUGGAGAUCCUUCUGUUCCAAACAAGGGACUUAGUCAUAGAAUUAGCUUGAGCAACUUAGCAAAAUUCCUAAGACCGAUGUCAAAAAACAAUACCGGUGCCGGCAGUCGAGCCUCAAUCGACUUGUCCAAGUGUGACAUAUCCCUACCAGUACCUCAACAUGAUACCAGGGAGAAGUUGAACCAUAAAUUGAGAAAUUCAUCAUCAAUAUUGUCGAUAUCCUCAUUUAUCUCUGUCGACUCUUUACAAACCGAAAGGGAUGAUCAGGCCACCUCCUCUACGGCAGGAAAAGCAACAGGCAUUGCGGCUGAAAAAUUGGAGUCUUACGGACCAAUGAAAGCACCAGAAGUGGAAAGUAUAAAUCGAAGGUUAUUACUCAGGCUUUGCAACCAGAGAAAGCCAAUUCCAUUCGAAGCUUUAUACAGGAGAUUGGCUUGUAUCGGAAGCAAAAUUGAGAAGCUUGCAGAAACUUCGGUCAGCGAUGUAUAUCUUGAAAAGGGUAAUUCGACUGAUAAUAAUGCUCCGUUAAACGUGUUCAAGGUGAUUCCGUUCGGAGAUAUUCACUCGAGUCAGAUGCAACUAAAAGAGGUGAUCCAAGAAUUAUCCAUUACAAUGGCCAUGUCACCGAUAGCGGGAUUUGUCAGAUUAAAGACCGCCAAAGUUGUGAGAGGACUGUAUCCAGAAGAGCUUAUAAAGAUCUGGGAUCAGGAAUUAAAAUCAAAUCGUCAUAUUCGAAGGCGUCCCAGUGAACACAGCAACUCUCAAUUAUACCUUAUUAUUCGGAUGGAAUAUGGUGGAGAGGAUUUGGAGCAUUUCCACAUUACUAGCUGGACUCAGGCCUACAGUAUAAUUUUACAAGUGGCCGAAGCUCUAGCUCGAGGUGAGAAAGCCAACAGAUUUGAGCACAGAGACUUACACUGGAGAAAUAUAUUGGUGAGAAAGGACAAGGAGUCGCAAAUCCACGUGAAGCUGAUUGAUUUCACUCUAUCUAGGGCCAGAGUGGGGAACCGAAUCAUGUUCACAGGACUUGAUAAUCCAAACUUCUUCAAAGGUAAAGGUGAUUAUCAGUUUGCCACUUAUAGUCUGAUGAGAAAAAUGAUAGUGAACCUUCAGAAUGAUCGACAUGAAGACAACACCAGGGCGUUUGGAUCAGAAGGGGCUAGUACCAAUUCCAAAGCCAACUGGUCUGUUGAAUGCCUUUCUACUAACGUAUUAUGGAUUGAAUAUCUACUUGAUAGGUUGAUAAGUCAUAAGAAUCUAAGACACAUGAAGGUGAGUCGCAUGACGAGAAGCAGUCGGAAUUCUGGGCAUCGUGAUAAUACCACAAUAGCCACGGAAAUAACGAGCUACAAUCGUCUCAUAACUGCGUACAAAACAUUGGUGAGGACCAGUAAGGGUAAGAGGACGAAAAGGCCAAGAAAGACAGGAACUACAAGCUUGGAAGGCUUCAAAAGUGCAGAGGAAUUCUCGAUAUGGUUUCAAGGAUUGAAAUGA